UUUGAACUUCCUUCCUGCCUUUUGCACAUUAAACAUACCGAGGCGAGUACUCGACUACUCGAGUGCCCAAAAAACCCUCACACGAACUCGCUUUACAAGUCACACUGCACACACUCUGCAUUACACCUCGAGUGUGUUUUGGUUUGUUUGUUUGUUUUUUAACCCCAAUGUACAGCUCCUGCAUCGGUCUAGCUGUUUUCUCCUAUUUAUUUUGAACUUUGGCGACGGUUUUUGAUUGGACAGGGACCGGCAAGAAAGACAGCGAUUAACAACAAAACGAGUUACACUUACCCAAAACGAGGUGGAUCUACCAAAUUAUUAUGCUCUUUUGGAGUUGAUACACAGCAGCUUGCACAUAUACAUGUAUCAGCAGUGCAUACAAAAAGUGAAUGAAGCACGAGGGCUGGGAUUAUUUUGUGUUGCUCUACAAGUCCACCUUCUUUAACCCUGACUGCAUGAUGGUUGGCUCCAGAGGCCAGUGGGGUAUAGAUGACUAGGCCUAAAUGGGAGGGCUUAUGGACAAAGCCAGCCUUCUAUUAUGGCUGCUUAUGCCCUGAACUGCCUACUAAUGAUGAACCCUAAUAACCUGACUGAUAAGAGCAGCCCUCGGACUGCAAGGCCUGUGCUUCCAGUGCCGGACCGAUCCACCUACAGCCCACUGCUGGGAAGGAAUAAUGGUUCCUACAGCCCUGGUAGCUUGAGUCCUGUCUCUUCUAGCACAUCUUUUGUCUUUGCCUCUGGUGUGACCAGCACCAACAACUCCAAGACACGCUCACCAUGUCGCUCACCAGACCUGCUGGGAGUGAACGUGGGCACCCGAGUGCGCAGGCUGAGUGGGACAGACCCAGAGGAGGAGCAGGAGGAGGAAGAGCGGCGUGUUGCUCAGCAGCUCCAGCGCAGCAGGGAGCUCCAGAAUGUAGAGGUGAACAAGAAAGUGGACCUGUUCGAGGCACAUAUUUCUGCUCAGGCCCAGAACAGGGAGCUUCAGCGCAGCCCUCGGCUUUCCAGGAGACAGGGCCCGAAUCCUGCCCCUGUACCUCAGCCAGACAAGCUCAGCUAUGUCUCUGACUUAAGCUUUACAGAUAUCUGGGGCAUUCCCCAGGAGCUGCAGAAUGGGAAGAACUCUCGAGGGCUGGAGAGAUGUGGAGAAAAAAACAAUACAGUUAAUACAAAUAAGGAAGAGGAUAGCCUGCAGGGAAACAAAUCAAUUGACAGGUUGAUCUACAGUGUUUCCACAUCACAAGGGGCUGGCAAUGAUUUGACUGCCACUAAGCAGUCGGAGACGACUAAGGACAGAGCUCAGCCAACAGAAGCUCAGUUUCAGGCAGACGCUGAGGAAAGGGGUGCCAUCCCUGCCGUCAUAGUGACAGACCAUGGAAUAGAUGCUGGGGGAGAGGGUCAAGAAGCCCAGGUCAGCUCACAGCCCUCCCAAGUGCUGCGAAAGCUCUCCUCUUCAUCUGCUUCUUCCACUGGCUUCUCUUCCUAUGAAGAGUCAGAGGAAGAUCUCUCCAGUGACCCAGAACGCACACCAGCCUUCCUCCAGACGCAGCAGAAAGCACAUAAAUCAUGGAAGAAGAUCAAGAACAUGGUGCAGUGGUCACCUUUUUUAAUGUCCUUCAAAAAGAAGUACCCUUGGAUUCAGUUGGCUGGCCAUGCAGGUAAUUUCAAGGCAGGUGCAUAUGGCUGCAUCCUGAAGAAGCAUUGUGAGUGUGAGCAGCGCUGCCUUAUCCGGUUGAUGAACGACGUGCUAAAGCCAUAUGUCCCAGCCUACCACGGUGAUGUGGAGAAGGAUGGCGAGAAGUACAAUCAGAUGGAAGAUCUGCUGGCUGAGUUUGAGACGCCCUGCGUCAUGGAUUGCAAGAUGGGUGUCAGGACAUAUCUGGAAGAUGAGUUGACAAAAGCCAGGAAGAAGCCCACUAUGAGGGGUGAUAUGUACCAGAAGAUGAUUGAAGUGGACGUAGAUGCCCCCACACCAGAGGAAAAUGAGCAGAAAGCAGUUACCAAACCACGCUACAUGCAGUGGAGAGAGACCAUCAGCUCUACAGCCACACUGGGCUUCCGCAUUGAAGGCAUCAAGAAGGAAGAUGGGACUGUAAACAGAGACUUUAAAAAGACCAAGACUCGGGAACAGCUGACUGAGGCUUUCCAAGAUUUUUUAAAAGGAAACAGGAAUAUCCUGACUAAAUAUAUCAGCCGGCUACAGGAAAUCAAGGAAACUCUGGAAGUGUCACCUUUUUUCAAGACACAUGAGGUGAUUGGCAGCUCUCUACUUUUUGUCCAUGACAAGCAUGAAAGGGCGAAAGUAUGGAUGAUAGACUUUGGCAAAACCACACCACUGCCUGAAGGCCAGGUCCUGAACCACCGUACCCCAUGGUUGGAGGGCAACCGUGAGGACGGCUACCUCUAUGGCCUUGACCACCUCCUAGACAUUCUUACCAACAUGUCAAAGUCGAUGUAAAGAAAAGGAGUUUGCUGUGUUUUAUAAUGUUUUUAAUGUGCCUUUAUUGACGUCCCUUCACUAUUUUGUAUUGUGGGAAUUCCCACUGAUAUCCCAAUAUUUCUAUACUUAAUCAAUACUUGUCAAUCAAUACAAAACUUGUACUAGCAAGCUAUUAUGAUUAUGCAUAAUCCAAAGGAAUCUGAUUUUGCAGAUUUCACAUUACAACAAGUACAACUACAUUGUUCUUGCAGCCACAAGAAAAUCUUUUACACUGCUGUACCUCAUUUCUCUUGUGCUGCAAAUGGCCACUUGUAUGACUGUAAUACUUCCGAGACUUGAGAAGAAGUCAGUGAGCACGUUAAAAACAGAUUUGGAACACAGGGCACGUCCUCCUUUUCCUGGAGUUGUCUUUAUUCUGCCCUGGAUAGAUCACUCGCACUACAAUACAGGACCUGCCUGGGUUACCACAGAAAGCUACCCCCCAUCAACCCCCCCAACACACACACACGCACACACACGCACACACACACACACACACACUGUUUGCGAAAUAGAAGGGCCAUAUGUGCUGUGUGUAUUUGUAUGUAUGUAAAGAUACUGAGGCUGUACAUAUAGUAUAUAAAUAUAUAUAUAUAUAUAUAUAUAGUAUAUAUAGUGUAGAGAUUGUACAGUAUAAUGUUUCAGUAGUGGAGGGCACUUGGAAGAUUUUCUGCAGCUUAAUACUUAAUGCAUCCGAAUGUACAAUUCCACUAUUUUCUACCUUUCAUUUGAGCUGUUUGUAUAAUGCUAGUGUUGCAGUAUCGAUUAUUCAUGCCUUCAUCUCACUGAUGGUACUUUUAGUAGCAUUUGCAUCAACUUACCUUUGUUUCAGAAAUGAGGACGAAGAAGAAACUGAUCAUAUUUUCACCUAACACGCUUUAAAUGAUCUCCAAAUUUGGUAUGCAGUUGUUUUAGCUUCUCCCAGAAUAGCGUUUACAAAGCUAAACUUGUAGGUUUACAGUCAUAUUUCUAUUUAAAUGGUAUAAUUUUCUUUUUUUUUUUUAGUGAUGUGUAGUUAUAUGAUAUUUAUUAUGUAGUGCCUAACUGUAAUAACUGACAAUUGUUGUAGUGUUACAUUGUGCCUAUAGUAAUUUAUUCUACACGCCUUUUUAAAAAAAAGAUUGUAACAGGCCCAAAAGCUCACCAGUAACAUUUCUGGAUGAUGGUGCUGUGUGUAAGUUGAUAUCGUGCACAGUUAUUUCUAAAAAAGAAAAAAAAAAUGCUCACAGAAUGCUAAGCUGGCAAAGCAUCAUACUGGUAGCUCGUAAGCAAGUAAAUAAAUAUACUGUAAGGAGGAAUUCUACUAGUGUUUCUAAAAAAUAAAAAAAUACAUAAAUAAGUAAAAAUUGGGAUAAUUUAUUUCACUGAGAAGUCAACGAAGUCAACAAAGUCAUGCAGAAUGUUUUGAAGCAGGAUGGCCCAUUCUAGGGAUAGGUACUGACUUAAUUUAUUUACAGUGCUUGUGCAAAUGGGGUCAGUACAUCUACAAAGCAAAGACAGCUGUUUUGCCUGUUAUGAAAACUUCAAGUGAAAUUACAUGUGAUUCUACCCCAUUGCAAUGCUUCGUCUGUAUAUUCUGAUGUUAACUGAUAUAGCUCAAGAUACAUAGAGUUAAUUGACAUUUUAGUACUCUUAGUACUACAGCCUAGUAUUUUUCUAAUAAGAAACAGAAACUAUAAGUCAGUGCUUCUCAAACUUUUUGGGUAAACAAACGCAGACAUUAUCAGUUUUCAAACUUUCUGCUGUUGUCUUGAGCGUUGUCAUGACCAGAGUCUUAAAUCAAAAUUUCUGACCCUACAUGCAGAAGUAUUUAGAUCUUUCAGUAGGUUUGAACCCACAUGAGAGGUUUUUAAGGCAACAUGUAAUAGGAAAUCCAAUUAGUGUUAGUACUUGAUAAAAUGCCCAGUGACCCCAUUUGUAAAUCAAGCAACCUCAUAUAGGGUCGUGACCCCAAGUUUGGUAACCCCUGCUCUUAAUGAAAGUAGAUGUUGACUGCUUUUAACUAUAAGCUGUUUUAAUACAAAAACUUACAUAUUUUGGGGGUCAGGAUUUUGUAGUGAAAAAUGGCAUAUUGCUGAAUAGCAUUUUGGACACAGGGUUUUUGAACAAUUCUGAACGCUGUUUACUUCUCAACGUGCAAAUUAUGCAGAAGUAUUGGAAAAUUGGUAGGAUUCCAGUUUAAUCCAAAGUGCUUUUUAUGUUAACAGUUCACCUGUAAAUUCAUCCACACAGUAUGCCUUUACAGUUUUGUCUAUUCACCUAGCUAUUUGUCUUAAAAUCAGCGCAACUUGUAUCGAUACAUUUCUUUAGAGCCCCUUUUUGAAAUAGACCCUGGUCAUUUGUCAUUAAAACAUGAAUGUCACUCAGACAUUAAUUUCUAAAAGCAGUUCAGCUCAACAAAUUGUCACCCACAGACUCAUGACGUGAAGUGCAUCCGGUUCAGAUUGAGGUGAAUUCUGCUGUUUGCAUGGCUAUUUGCUAUGCAAAUCCGUCAGUCUCUGCUCCGGCCAAACAUUUGGCUGUGGUCCAGCGAAAACAAAGCCUGCGAUAAAAGCUCAUUUGUGUGUGAGUGCCUGCUGAAAGACAUUUGUGAGUUCCUCAGCUGGUUUAUUGUGGUUAAUUGAAUGUGAGUAAAGAACAGCUGGAACUUUACAGUCAGCACCAUAGGGCAUGUUUAUUCUCCUCAAAGUUAAACUGUGCCAAACUAAAUUAAUCAUCAUUCCCCAGUUUAUCAUCUGUUGAGCUAUGCACUUUUAUUUGUAAACUCCUAAAAGAACAAAGGGGAAAAAAACAGUAAUGAAGAGUGUCCUGCCAUUAAAUUGCAGACCACUGGCAGAAUUAAACUUAAGCUAUAGAUUGUCAUCCUUUGAGAUGUCUUUUCAUGUCAUUUGUAUAUUUUGUAUUGUGAUAUGUGAUCCCUUAAAAUGUGCACUUAAAAAUUUUCAAAAAACAACAAAAAAUUAAUGUUCUAUUCACUAGCUUACUUAUCAGCAAAGGCCUCCUUGACCCUGUCCGAUUGUUGCUCAGGUAUUAAUAACAUAAAAAUAGUUUAUUGAAAUAAGCUUAAAUAAUUGCAGGUUUGCACUGGUAAUGAGUGCAAAUUGGAGAUCUCUGAUUUAAAAAAAACGUCUGUAGAGCUAUAUAUAAAUAUGACUUAAAAUACUGUUUGUAGAGAAAGUUGAGAAGCCAAACCCAUUAAGGUCCAUAUUGGAAGGAAAGAAGAAAUAAAUAAAGAAAUAACAAUCCAAGUGAUGAGUAGAAAAUUAGCAGAGCUCAUAGUGAGGUGCGAGUUGAUCUUCUAUAGCUGAGCUCUGGGAGUAGGGCGCCCCCUAGAGUAAUGGUGCUAUAGUAUAGGUGCUAUGUAAGUGUAGUAUAUAGAACAAAGCCUAAAGCAGGCUACUUUUGGACAGCUCUUAAUAACUUUUGAGUUUUAGUGCAUUAUUUUGUGUGUGUGUGUGUGUGUGUGUGUGUGUGUGUGUGUGUGUGUGUGAGUGUUUGUGUGUUUUCAAGGGUGUCAUUAAAUGCCUGUGACAUUUUGCACAAGAACACUAAAUAUAGCUGCAUGUAUCUUCUCUUUGUCGUCUAUUGACUUGGUUAUAUUAAUUUUGCUUUAAUACUUUGCUUGGUGAGAAGUUGCAUUCUGUCUUGCUUUAGUCACGCCUUGGUUUUAUUCUGCAGAUGAUCUCCAAGGCCCAAUCAGCAUUUUAAUAUUUAAUAUUAAAGGGUGUAUUGUGAAACUGCCUGUCCCAAGAGCCUGUUUGCUCUCUCAGAACGUGCUCUUGUGCUGUAACCUACUGUACAUUUUACUACAUGCAUACUGCAACAAAAUAUGCUUGGCUGUACAAUUUAACUGAAGUAAAUGAACAAUUAGUCGAACA